AUGGCUGAUGCAGUUGCUGCCAUGGCCCAAAGUGCCAGUAAUGGUUCUCAAAAGAAUGGGUUCUCUUCAACAGCGGCAUUAGUUUCCUAUUUGCGGUCUGAAGCGGAUCAGGCCGAGAAGAAGGCGAAACAAUUGAGGGAACAAGCAAGCAACUUGGCAAGACAGUUUGGGAUUACAGAAGCUGAUCAAAGUGCUUAUGAAUACCCUUCUCACAUGGCUCCUUUGGACGAAAAUGGCGUCCCCAAGUACAAGGGAAAGAAACGAGGUCGCAAACCAAAGGUCCGAAAGCGCAAGGUCAAUCCCAAUCGACGCAAGCGUCAGCAUACUGCCUAUACUUUAUUUGUUCAGGAGACCUAUCCAAUCAUCAAAUCGGCGUAUCCGGAUUAUGCUUCCAAAGAUGUCAUUAGUAUUGUUGCCAAGCAGUGGAAGAAUGAACUCAGCGAAGGCGAAAAGGGUCAAUGGAGAGCUCGUGCCUUGGAAACGCAUGGGCAAGACGAGGAGGAUGAAACUGCUGAAGCUGCUUCCACCAACGCGGCUGCGCCUCCACCAGCCCCCAUCAAUGCGCAGCAUGACGAAGCUGUAGUUGCAGCUGCUGCCGCAGCGGCGGCCGAAGACGACGACGACGAUGAUGAUGAAGCACUCAUGCAUGAAGAGGACGAAGAUGACAUGGAAGACGACGGUGUCGAGGUGGAAGAAGAAGCGGAGACCGAAGACGAAUCAUCAGCAGGUCAUGCUCGGCGGAGCAAACGUGGUCGAAAGAAAUAG